AUGACGGCUCAAAUUUGUUCAACUUCAUCUUUGCCGAUAACGUACGCUUUGCUCAGUCAACGAAGAAAUCAAAACAAAAUCGUUCCAAUUCAUCUCUUCUUUGGACGAACGGCAAGUCUUGAAUUUAAAAACCCAAGCGCUAUGAAAUUCCCAAUUCGAUGCUCAGAAAAACCAACCCAAACCCUAAGAACUUGCAAGAAUUGCAAGACCCAAUUCGAUCCUGUGCUCAAUCACCCCAGGGCUUGUCGUUACCACACUGCUCAUUUUGGAGGAGAAACGAAGAGGAAGUUUGAGAGUGUGUACAUUGGUGGCACCUUGAACACCCCCGACUCUGGUAAAGUCUUUCAAUACUGGCACUGCUGCGGUUCUGAAGAUCCCUUUGACCCUGGAUGCACUGCUACUUCUCAUGCUUCCUAUGAUGACUGA